AUGGCCGGCGGCAAAAGUAGGCGCUCGCUCAGUGGAGCAGAGCAGCAGGCUUUGCAGGGCCAGUUUACAUCCAGCUCCCCACUCGCAGAAACAGCCAUUGCCCGAGAUCUAGAGAGUUAUGCGGAUGACGAAGGUUCCGUACUUACCACCGACGAUGAUGCGUCCGAGGCCUCUACAAUUCGCGCGAUCAAUAGCCAGCCAGAAACGAAUCCCCAUUCACUUGCCGGCUCAUACCAAAGACCUAGCUUCUUCACGACAGUAUCGCAUGCCACGGUUGUACCUCACCGCACAGAACACGAAAGGUUAACCCGAAGAGAGCGCGAACAAGCAAUCGAGGACGAGAGGAACCUGCUAAGUGAUAACAAUGUUAUGGGUACUACUGAUAGGACAAAAGAGAGGCGGGCCGGUACAAGCCCAACGGAAACUACAUCUUUACUAGAAGAUCGAAGGGGUAGUGCGGACUCGAAUGCCGCCGAAUCCGACUCGAUUGAUCGUAAAUGGGAGGAGGCGGUUAUGGCCGGAUUAAUUCACACUACUUGGAAACGGGAAUCGCAGGUCAUUGGGAAGAACGCUGCACCGCUGGUGCUUACAUUUAUCCUGCAGUAUUCCUUGACGGUGGCUAGUAUCUUCACAUUGGGCCAUUUAGGUAAGAAAGAGCUCGGUGCAGUCAGUUUGGCAAGUAUGAGUGCGAAUAUCACCGGAUACGCAGGUGCUCCGGGUUAUGCGUGUUUCGAGAGCGGAAAGCGUUAUGUGCAGGCACAGGGACUAUUUUCAGCAUCCCUCUAUGUUUUGCUUAUUUGUGCACCGCUCAAUGCAUUUAUGAAUUGGCUAUUUGUUUGGAAAUUUGCCUGGGGGUUUGUUGGUGCGCCCAUCGCAGUUGCGAUUACAGACAACCUCAUGCCUCUUUUCCUGUUUCUCUAUGUAUGUUUCAUUGACGGCUCGGAGUGUUGGAAUGGGCUUACUCUGAAAGCCCUACGCAAUUGGGGCCCGAUGAUUCGACUCGCACUACCUGGAUUGAUCAUGGUUGAGGCUGAGUGUCUCGCCUUUGAAAUUCUGACCUUAGGAUCAUCCUACCUCGGCACAGCCCCUCUGGCCGCGCAAUCAGUCCUGUCUACAAUCUCUAGUCUCACAUUCCAAAUCCCGUUCCCUGUUUCGAUAUCCGGUAGCACUCGGAUUGCAAACUUGAUAGGUGCGACUCUGGUUGGUGCGGCCAAGACGUCCGCCAAAGUGACAAUGUGCUUUGCUGUGAUUGUCGGAGUGCUUAAUAUGCUUUUGCUGUCUUCAUUGCGCAACUAUAUCCCGCGACUUUUCACGUCGGACGAGGAGGUCAUCGAACUCGUGGCACAGGUGCUACCUCUUUGUGCAGCAUUCCAACUCUUCGAUGCACUCGCUGCUAAUUGCAAUGGUAUUCUUCGUGGCAUCGGAAGACAAGAAAUUGGUGGCUAUGUCCAGCUUCUCUGCUACUACGCCGUUGCGAUGCCAAUUAGCUUUGGUACCGCAUUUGGAUUCCAAUGGCAUUUAUUUGGCCUUUGGUCGGGCGUGGCUAUUGCCCUUUUUCUGGUGUCCGUGAUCGAGGCCAUAUUUCUCUGGCAAACAAAUUGGGACCGUUCGGUCCAGGAUGCCUUGAGGCGAAAUGCGUCGGCAUAA